AUGGCAUUGGUACAGAACUGGGCGAGAGAUGUGGUUCGCAGCCACACGUCUACGUUGAUCUGGUCUGCGCUCGUGCUAGGCCUCGUCGGUGUUAUCGCAUUGACCCUGAGCGCACAGCAAAGACGGACGAUUUUGGAUCAUUUAGGACUUACCGCACCAAGAAUACCGAACCUAGAAGUACCGAGAUCACCAUCACUUGGACAAAAAGCAGUUCCGCCCACUCGAGGUGAGUAUGCGACGACCCUUCCACCGUCGCAAAGACACGUGUUAGAUAAGGUGCGACUCUCGUUGCCGGAUGGCCAGAACGUUGGGCUCGGCGAGGUGGUUGUGGAUGAGGACACUUUCUACCAAAACCUCGUGGGAUUCGAAGAAGACUAUCGAGAAUGUGAUCAGAACAAGUUUCUGCCCAGUGGACUACGAAUCCGGGAGAUCGAUGAGAUAGGCGACUUCCCGGACUUCGAGCUUCUGACUGAAGUUUCACACCCACGUCCGUACCAUGAAUUCGACAUCGACAAAGCACUUCCACGUCCCUACCGGCCGCUUCGAUGGCCCUACCACCAGACCAUGUCCUUGUCAAAGCUUGAGCCAGACUGGUGGAUAGAGCUCGAGAGCAGCUAUCGAGCCCGAAUAGCGCAGCGGAAGACCUUGUUUGAGAAAGAUGGUGAAGCCAUUCUGGCAUACCUGCCAGGCUCUGACCUUGCCUGCAAGGAGCUGAUGGAGAUGGCACUACAAUACGUAGUGCACCGCUACCCGCAUUACUUCUCGUUGAGCCACAACAUUCCUAGCAGCAACGGCGAUCGCGAGACAACGACCAUCUUCCACAACAAGAUCCUUAACGUUUCCACAGAUGUGUACUCCAUACAUCCACUCCACGUACUGCUCGAGCAUAUACCCGAAGACUUCGUCCUGAUGCUCCGCGACCCCAACACUGGUCAAUACAUCUUCCGGGCGGGGAUGAUUUGUUCCUCUCUAGGCUGGAAUCUGGGCUCCAAGUUUGGCUUGCAGCUGGCACAAAUCCACCAUCCAGUCCCACACUAUGAGUCUAAGAUGAAGUUCAGUAUGGACCGGUUCUUUGCCAAACUACCCUGUAGCAGACCCAUCCAGCGCGGCUCGUGGGGCUUCGAAGUCGAUCAGCCGCUCUACAUGGCGCCUGGCGAUCCGGCUGAGGAAUUGUACAAGAAGCAACAAUACCCUGGCUUGACGGCUGAACGGAUUCAUGUGAGGGUAGAUUGGCAGACUUUAAGGCGCCUGCCUCUCUCGGCCGGAAUCGUCUUCAACUUCAAGGCGCUGUUCACGCCGUUGACGGAGUUGAGGGACGAGCCGUACGUGCCGAGCUUGUGCUUGAAAGUGCUGAGGGAGGGCAAUGAGGGUAUUCUCAAAUACAAAAACACGUGGCAUACAGAACAUGUGGUGGUCCCAGCACUCGAAGCAUACGAAGCGGAGCAGAUCAGUAAGGGCAUCAUGAAGGAGGACUGGGAAGCACAAACUUUGGAUGAGUCGCCCUUCUUUCCAGGCUGGGAGGCUAAAUGGAGGGCGAGGCAGGGCUUCUAG